AUGUUCCUACGCGUCUUAGAAAUUCUGUAUUUCAUUUACUUCGCAUCGCACAUUCCAAUAACACUGCUGAUUGAUUUUCAAGCGUUGCUUCCUGAACAAGUCUAUCCACCUGAGCUAAAAAACCUAUUGCAAUGGUAUGCUAGUGAGUUCAAGGAUCCGAUGAUGUUGGAUCCACCUGUGUGGUUCCGAUCUUUUGUGUUCUGCGAGGCUCUUGUUCAGCUUCCCUUCUUCACAGUUGCAGCAUACGCUUUCCUUAAAGGUGGCUGCAAGUGGAUCAGAACUCCAGCAAUCAUCUAUUCUGUCCAUGUGGCCACUACUCUAAUCCCUAUCUUAAGCCACAUCAUUUUCCAUGAUUUUCCACUGACGCCACAUCCAGGUCCGCAGACAUUAAAGGAACGUCUGACACUCGUGUCUAUAUAUGCUCCAUACCUUAUCAUCCCUGUCAUGAUUUUGUUGACCAUGCUCUUCAGCUCGACGUAUAACUCAACCUCUCCGAGUGGAAAAGCUUCCUCAAAGUCCAAGAAACAAAGAUAGAUGCCAGUUUAAUCGGAUGAAUGUUUGAAGAAUGGGCAUUUAACCCAACAGGGUUAUUAUUGUUUAAAUUUUGAAAUAAAGCUGUCAGCUGCAUUUAUAAUUGUAUGUAACCUUUGCACAUGGUUUAUAUCUGUGGCUCAUAGAUGUUUUAUUUUACUUUUUGCGCUAAAAUAGUAAUUGUUUACACUUAAAGUCAAAGUCAUGU